AUGAGAGAUCCUGGUCCGCUUGAGAGAGUGUGCCUGGGCUUGGGCACGCUGUUGCUUCCGCUUGUCACCGCUUCCACGAAUCUUUGCCACACACGCCCACUGUUCUGCGCCGUCGCGGGUCGGCCACCUCAUCCACCCCUACCCGCCUCCGUCACACGGAAUUCUCGCAACCAACCUCGCAGAGCCUCCUCUGUCCUCUCCCGGCGUCGCAGGCAGGGGCAACCUAGCAUCCCACCAUCGUACCUAGCUGCAGGCAGGGGCGCUGAAGUUGGGAGGCAACGACCUAGAAACAGGAAUUUCAGUAUGCAGCAAAUGGCGCUAUCUGCGUUCGUCACGACCCCCUCCUCAUCCUAUAGCAAUAACUUACCGCGGUUGACUGCCUGCCGGUCUCAAAGAUGGCACGCGAGACGCCUGCGCAGCCAAGUUCGAGCGCAGGCACAACAAGAGUUGCAGUAUAAGAAGCUUGGAGAUUCAGACCUUCUUAUCAGCGAGAUUACUCUUGGAACAAUGACUUUUGGGGAGCAAAACACAGAGAAGGAAGCACAUGAUAUGCUUUCUUAUUCUUUUGAUCAGGGCAUCAAUAUCCUGGACACUGCGGAGAUGUACCCAGUUCCAACAAAGAAGGAAACUCAAGGGAGGACUGAUCUAUAUAUAGGCAGGUGGAUGCAAUCCAAGCCACGAGACAAGGUGAUUCUAGCCACCAAAGUUUCUGGUUAUUCAGAACGAUCUACUUAUCUUCGGGAUAAUGCAGAGGUGGUACGUGUCGAUGCCGCCAAUAUCAAGGAAAGUGUUGAAAAGAGUCUUUCACGUUUAUCUACAGACUACAUUGAUUUGCUUCAGAUACACUGGCCAGAUAGGUAUGUGCCAAUAUUCGGUGAAUUCAGUUAUAAUUCAACCAAAUGGAGGCCAAGUGUUCCAUUUGAGGAUCAAUUGAAAGCUUUCCAGGAGCUAAUUGAUGAAGGAAAGGUACGUUAUAUCGGUGUUUCCAAUGAAACCUCAUACGGAGUGAUGGAGUUUGUACAGGCUGCCAAACUUCAAGGACUUCCAAAGAUUGUGAGCAUCCAGAACAGUUAUAGUCUAAUUGUGAGAUGCCGCUUUGAAGUUGAUCUUGUUGAGGUCUGCCACCCAAAUAACUGCAAUGUUGGGCUGCUUGCCUACUCCCCAUUGGGGGGUGGCGUUCUCAGUGGAAAGUAUCUUGAUGCUAACUCUGCUGGUGCAAAGAGGAGCAGGCUGAAUCUCUUCCCGGGAUACAUGGAGCGCUACAACGCGUCUUUGGCUAAAGAAGCAACGGACGAGUAUGUCAAGCUUGCCAAGAAGCAUGGGCUAACACCUGUCCGGCUUGCCCUCGGCUUCGUGCGCGACCGCCCUUUCACAGCAAGCACCAUCAUCGGAGCAACCACCAUGGAUCAGUUAAAGGAGAACAUCGAUGCAUUUACCAGCGCUCCGCGGCCUCUGCCACCGCAAGUCCUUGAUGACAUUGAGAUUCUUUUCAAGAAAUACAAAGAUCCAGCAAUCCUCUAGAUGUUCAUUCACCUUUUUGCUACAAAGGACAUCAAUCCUCAACACGUACAAAGACCUAGCAAGCGGACAUGGAUUGCGCAAUUUUGUUCAUGUUUAUUACACAUUGCUUUGUUUCUUUCAACUGAUAUUUCCCAAAUGUGUAUGUGUUUAUUUUUUUGAAAUGUAUGUGUACAGAUAGUAUAUCUCGGAGUAAAGAAUGGUGCUACAUAUAA